AUGAAAGAACAGAAAAGAGAGCAAAACAAACUCCUAACAGGAGGAGACUCACUCAUGGCCUAUGAGACUGAGGAUCAGGAGACUCAAUACUGCUUUCCUGACAUCAACUCAUCAUGUGUCAAGGGGAAACGCUCCAAACAUGAAUACAAUAUCAUGUAUGUGUUUUUUUCAUUGCUGUCAGCAUGGACUGUGUUUCUAAACCUGCUGGUGAUCAUCUCCAUCUCUCACUUCAAGAAGCUUCACACUCCAACCAACAUGAUUAUUCUCUCUCUGGCUGUGGCUGAUUUGCUUAUUGGACUUAUUGUGAUGCCUGUGGAGGCUGUCAAACUGAUUGAGACGUGUUGGUAUUUUGGAGACACUUUGUGUGAGCUGUUCAUGAUAAUUAUGAUGUUAACUGUCUCAUCAUCUAUGUGUAAUUUGGUUUUAAUUGCUGUUGAUCGAUAUGUGGCUGUGUGUCACCCUUUACUGUACCAACGAAAAAUAACCACAACUAAAACUUUAAUUAGCAUCUGCCUGUGCUGGUUUUUCUCUUCAAGCUACAAUGCUGGGUUUUUGAUUAGUGGGAGAUAUUUUGAAAACAAACAAAGACAAAACAUGUGUUUUGGAAAGUGUUAUUUUGUUGUAAGUUUUUCAUGGAUAUUCACUGACCUGUUCUUUUCUUUUGUAUUACCUUGUACCCUGAUCAUAACUUUAUAUUUGAGGAUAUUUUAUGUUGCACAUCAGCAAGUGAAAGUUAUAAACUCUCUGAUGAAGGGUGGUAAAUGUGCAAUGGAAGGAUCUGUAAGGAGGAAAUCUGAGAGUAAAGCUGCUCUAACAUUAGGAAUAAUUGUGGCAAUUUAUUUACUUUGUUACAUUCCAUUUUAUAUAUUGCAUAUAUUACCUGUAACUGGUACAAUGAUCUCCUCUACCACCAUGACAUUUCUGAUAUGGAGUUUGUAUAUUAACUCAAGUCUAAAUCCACUUGUCUAUGCCUUUUUUUACAGAUGGUUUAAAAUAUCAGUUAAACACAUCUUAACUUGUAAACUGUUUGCCCCACUGUUAGAACUAUAG